AUGGAUGUUGGUAUCACAAAUUCAACUGCCGAAAAGCCUGCUUUUGAAGACCCUGUACCCGGCAAAGGAAAGCGACGGGUGGUCGGCAAGAGAGACCCGAUGGCGGGAAGCACUAAUCGUGCCUGUGAUGCCUGCGCCGUGAGGAAGGUCAAGUGCGAUGGAAAUCAACCGUGUCGUCGCUGUGUCCAAAACUCCUUUCGAUGCACCUUCCUCAAGACUCGCGCAAAGUCCGGCCCAAAGGGUCCACGGGCCGCGACCACCAACAUUAUUCUGAGGAGACAGAGUGACUAUAGCAAACGGAGGGAUGGGUCCAGGCCGGCUGCAGGCUCCCAGCAUGCCUCAACCUCCGAGACCCCAGGGCAGCCACCCGAGGACGUUCCUCGUGCGAGUCUCGAGACCGGUGAAGGUUUCUUUGUCUGGCAAAAUCAGUCCCAGCAACCACACUUGCCACCGCGCGUUGGUCCUACCGUGCCCAUCUUUCGCCAGCGAGUACCUAUGCCUAUCGUGACAUCGUACCUCCAAAUGUACCAGGCUCGCAUGUACCCUACGUGGCCCGUUGUCAAUUACAAAAUACUACUGGAGCGCCUUCAUGAGAACGAGAAUGACUUGGAAGCCUAUGCAUUGGCGCUGGCCGCCUGUGCAGCCACCCGGGCUCGACUGAAGCUUUCCGACGGCGAGAAUGACCAGUCCAGUCCGUUUACAAUGGAAUAUAUGGCGGAAGAAGCCAGACACACACGCUCGAGCAUGUGCUACGAAGAGCACCUAACCAUAGAUGUACUUUUAACUUCCUUCUUUCUUCAUGUGUACGCCGCCGAUGUAGGCAAGCUGCGAAGUUCCACCUUGCUCCUCCAGGAAGCCAUUACCUUUGCUCAUUUGAUUGGCCUCCACAAGGAGACUUACUAUACGCCUUUGAGCGUCCCAGAGCAACAGAGCGCCCUUCGAGUGUAUUGGCUGCUCUUCGUAACGGAUAGAGCGCAUUGCAUCCAAUACGAUCUUCCAAAUAUUCUCAAGAGAAACCGCAGCUUACCGGCAUUGUUUUUCGAAGAGGAAGCGUUGCGCUCGUCUGCAUUUCCCCGGUUAUGCAAUUUAUUUAGCAUUUUUGAUGAUGUUGCCAGCUGCGACAGCUCCCAGCAGACCCGGGAAGCUUUUGCACGAGUUCAAGAUCUUCUGCAAGGCGUGCCAGAGCUACCAAAUCACAGCAGCGAAAUCCAGCGGGCCGAUAUUGGCAUUACGCAGCAAUGGAUGAGAGUGCUUGUGUGGCAGCUUUCGCUGUCACAUGUUAUGCUCUCAACCGACUCGACCAUGCAAUCUCUUUCGCUUUCAUUCCCCGCCCACAUUGCCAAGAGCGCUGUCGCAUUUAUGAGCAGCCUGUCGCCAGAAGCAUUGGAAGCUCAUGGGAUUGGCAUGGAAAUGAAAUUAUUCGAGAUUGCAAAUGCGUUGGCAGAUGUGAUCCUUUGCGUACCCUCAAAUGCAAGCACCAUCCCUCUCGAAUCAGGCGCUGGAGAGAGCCUCCUGAAACUUUUUGGGACUCUGGGAUCUUUCCGGGGAGGAAAUUCUGCCCUACUUCCGAUACUCCAAAGCAAGGCACUUAAGAUGGGUAUGGCAUUGCCCUCACCUGGUCGCGUACUGGGUUCCCCAGAAGAGAUUUCCACCAACUCUUCCUCUCGACAUUCCCCCGUCACUAGCGUCAGCGAUACCAGUCGCCAGCCUCCCAGCGAGGCGAGUUCUAUGGCCAAACACCCAUACCAAACGGCACCAUUUCCCUCGCUUGGGACGCAUCCAAUGAUACCCUUUGGUGGUCGCCACGACGAAUCCGACUCGCCACCGGAUCAAUCAUCCGUGGUAAUCUGGAACAGUUCUUAUUGA